UCCCACGUCAGCACAAUUCCUCUCACACUAGCGGGUCUAUCCACGGCUGCUCCACGGUUAGGCCUCCAGCUGCAAUAUCUCCUUAAUGAGCAAGGACACCUUGUAAUAGCCGCCUGAGUCACUGCCACGACGCUGACAAAUUCCUGGGCUGGACUGGGCUGCCUUUCGGCCGAUAAGCAUCCUAUGGUAUUCGGUGCAAGAUGGCGGUAGCAGGCAUGGAAAAGGACGCUAUAACGAAGAAUACCGAAGAUGAUCAUCUGAACAAUUCAUAUGAGAACCCUGGGCUUAUCUCUCCCGACAAAGAAGAUAUUUCACGACUGCUGACGGUGCCGUUCACCGGCCGAAUCAGGGGCGGGAUGCGGCCAGGAAAGAAAAUCAUCGUUAUGGGCAUUGUUGAUCCAGAGCCAGACAGUUUUGAUGUGAUGCUGACCUGCGGUCGAGACACGGAAAAGGAGACUGAGGAGCUGAGUGACAUCGCCCUGAAACUCAGCGCGCGGUUCUCGGAUCGUCAGUUCCUGCGGAGCGCGUGUGUUUCAGGGAAGUGGAGCGAAGAGGAAACUGCCAUUCCAUAUUUUCCCUUCAUCCCAGACCAGCCCUUCCGGAUUGAGAUCCAUUGUGAGCAUCAGAGGUUUCGGAUAUUUGUGGAUGGACAUCAGCUGUUUGAUUUCUAUCACAAAGUCAAGUCUUUACUGGCCAUCAACUCUAUAAGGAUAGAUGGAAGUCUACAGAUCACUAAGCUAGGCUAACCCUGCGGCUGCUCCCGUAGGACUGAAGCACAGGGGACGCUGCGGUGCCACUGUGGGCCUGAGGUCCGGCCAUCCCACACACACUUCACC